GUCUGACAGUGCUUUAUAGUGAAAAGUUCAGCUUGGUGUUCUUCUGCGUGUGCAAACGUCAAGUGGUGGAAGCAGUGAGUGUGUCCCGAAGUGUCUCCGUGGCUGUCCAUGACAAGUGUGGUGUUGAGAAAGUAGCCACGUGUGAAUAUGCAGGCUCAACUCAGCGUCCUCCUCAUUGCAAUUGCUGUAGCCGGCGUCCGGGCCUACGAUGUCAUCUACGCCAUCAAUGCUGGUGGAAUGGGUCACCGAGAUCACAAUGGGAUCACCUAUGAGCGGGAUCCUUUGAUGGGAAAGGUGGGAACGGCAUCUGACUAUGGGAAGAACCUACACUUGAUCCAGAGAGUGCCGGACACCGAUAAGCUCAUUUACCAGACUGAGAGGUAUCACACGGGGAACUUUGGCUACGACAUCCCUCUGGCUGGGGAUGGUGAGUACGUGAUUGUACUCAAGUUCUGCGAAGUUUACUUCAAUGCGCCCAACAUGAAAGUCUUCGAUGUUAUGCUCAAUGGAGAACAUACGGUCAUCAGUGAUCUGGACAUUUUCCAGCAGGUGGGCCGAGGAGUAGCUCAUGAUGAGUAUGUGUACUUUAGUGUAUCCAGGGAUAGGCUAUACUACAAAGAGGACGAAUCUGAGAUCCGUGACAACAAAAUUCGGGUGGAAUUCAUCAAAGGGAACCGAGACAAUCCCAAAGUAAAUGCCCUGGUACUGCUUAAAGGAGACCUAGAGAAUAUUCCCAAACUCCCAAGGCAAAUGGUUGAUCCGGAUCAGGAUAUUUUUGCCGAUCCAGAUCCCGUCAAACCAUCCUCAAUGGAUAGUUCGUCACGUGUUCGAAGUGGACCACCACAGCCCAAUCCCUAUUUCAUGGAUGACUCCUCAAUGAUGCUCUUGCCCAUUUUUAUUGCCAUUGGGGCCUUCUUUCCGCUCCUGUUUUGCCUCUGCAAAUUGUGAUUUGAAUCUGAUGACUUUAGCACGGUCGAGGGCUUACCUCAGCACAAAAUACUCACAAACAUCCCCAGCGCACGCAAACAGUGCCCGAGGGCGCUGCGGAAAAGACAGCAUAGGAAACGUACUUAAAGAAAAUCCCGGAAACAUAUUAACCUGUGUUCCAGCGAAAUCAUUCCCAACAAUUUAACAAAAUUGCAAAAUUGUCCUCGAUAGUCCCAAAGGCCCUAUCGAAUCAAAUUUAUCUCCACGACUGGAUUGUCUGUGCAAUGUUUUAUUUUUUAGGAUAAGAUUAAGCAAAUUGGACGAGGAUGAGUAGACACCACAAAGCCCUCAUCCCAUUUGAUAACCCAAUUUUACCUUUUCUGGCCUCAUUGAGAACAAUUUUUGUCAAAAAUUGCUUUUUUGAAGGAAAUUGCAUGCAAUUGGAAACGUCAAAAUUAUGUCAAAAAUGCAAUUUUUGACGAAAAUUCCUCCAAAUGUGAAAAGGCCUUAUAAGGCCUCUAUACAUUGGGAACAAUUUUCGUCAAAAAUUGUAUGUUUGACAGAAUUUUGACGUUCUGCCUAUACAACUGCAGGUAAUUUUCUUCAAAAAAGCAAUUUUUGCCAAAAAUUCCUCCAAAUGUGAAGAGGCCUUAAGGUAAUACAACAACAAAAAAAGAAAGAAAAAGUACUGUAUUUAAGUGUAUAAUUUUUUCAUUCGAUUCAUGUGUGAGACAAUGUAAUUUAAGGAUUGGAAUAAAAUUACCAAUGGUGUGUGGAUUGUUAA